UCGGCCGCAGUCGCAACGCCCGGCGCCCCGGAUGGGGAAGGAGGCGGCGGCCGCCGUCCGCCGGCCGCGCACCCCUAGGAUUUCACGGGCAGGUUCAUAGUCUCUCUUUUUCUAGGAACUUGGCUGUAUUGUCCUGUAUCAGAGAACAAACUCACCUAUUGCAGGCCUACCCUGGGUUGCUGCCUUUGAAAACAAGGAAAGGUUGGUAGAAUAUCAACCACAGCAUGGAAUUUCCAGAGAGAUCUUAUUUCAAAACUUCAUAAAGAACGAGAACCACAUGAACCUCUGCGAAAGAGAUUGAAUUAGCCUGAGUUUGAGAGAAGGGAUAAUGUGUGCCCAACCUGUAACUAACACCAAGGAAGUCAAGUGGCAGAAGGUCUUGUAUGAGCGACAGCCUUUCCCUGAUAACUAUGUGGACCGGCGUUUCCUGGAAGAACUCAGGAAAAACAUCCAUGCCCGGAAAUACCAGUAUUGGGCUGUAGUAUUUGAGUCUAGUGUGGUAGUACAGCAGUUGUGCAGUGUCUGUGUUUUUGUGGUUAUCUGGUGGUAUAUGGAUGAAGGUCUUCUGGCCCCCCACUGGCUUUUUGGGACUGGCCUGGCUUCUUCACUGAUUGGGUAUGUUUUGUUUGAUCUUGUUGAUGGAGGUGAAGGACGGAAGAAGAGUGGGCGGACCCGGUGGGCUGACCUGAAGAGUGCUCUAGUCUUCAUUACUUUCACUUACGGCUUUUCACCAGUGCUGAAGACCUUGACAGAAUCUGUCAGCACUGACACCAUCUAUGCCAUGUCAGUCUUCAUGCUUUUAGGCCACCUCAUCUUCUUUGACUAUGGUGCCAAUGCUGCCAUUGUGUCCAGCACACUGUCCUUGAACAUGGCCAUCUUUGCUUCUGUCUGCCUGGCCUCACGCCUUCCCCGGUCGCUGCAUGCCUUCAUCAUGGUGACCUUUGCCAUCCAGAUUUUUGCCCUGUGGCCCAUGUUACAGAAGAAACUGAAGGCAUGUACUCCCCGCUGCUAUGUGGGGGUCACUCUGCUUUUUGCAUUUUCAGCCCUGGGAGGCCUGCUGUCCAUUAGUGUUGUGGGAGCCAUACUGUUUUCCCUUCUGUUGGUUUCCAUCUCAUGUCUCUGUCCUUACUACCUCAUUCGCCUGCAGCUUUUUAAAGAAAACAUUCAUGGACCUUGGGAUGAAGCUGAAAUCAAAGAAGACUUGUCCAGAUUCCUCAGCUGAGUUAGGAACCUCCAUCACAUUUUUAAGGCAAACUGAUAGACUAGCUUCCUAAGUAGUAAAAAAUUUGAAGACAGUUCCAUUCUGGAAGCAGCGUCCUGGUGUGGGUGAGCGAACAGAGAUCAAAAGAAAAAAAAAUAACCAAAUGCUUGGGGGGUGAAGGUGCUUAUCCUUUCUGUUAUUUUGUGGAUGAAAAAGCUUUCUGGGGCCCUCUUGAAUUAUUGCCUCUAAUUCAUUAUUCGCAGUAACAAAUGACGUAAUCUGGUUUCUAUUAAAUAAAUAACAACACAUCGA